UGCCGGUGAGCCUGAGAGAACCGUGGGCGCUGAGGCGCUGUGGGUGGCUUCCCUUGACGAUUACAAACAGAAACAAAUUGGAAUCUGAGACUUCAGGCCCCACACAAACCAUAAACUGCUGGAGGGGGCAAUGGCUGUGGCCCUGGGUUGUGCAAUCCAGGCCUCCUUGAAUCAGGGCUCUGUGUUUCAAGAGUAUGACACUGACUGUGAAGUCUUCCGUCAGCGCUUCAGGCAGUUCCAGUACAGAGAAGCAGCCGGGCCUCAUGAAGCUUUCAACAAACUCUGGGAGCUUUGCUGCCAAUGGCUGAAGCCAAAGAUGCGUUCUAAGGAACAAAUCCUGGAGCUGCUAGUGUUGGAACAAUUCCUAACUAUUCUGCCCACGGAGAUAGAGACCUGGGUGAGGGAACACUGCCCAGAGAAUAGAGAAAGAGUCGUGUCACUGAUAGAAGACCUACAGAGAGAACUUGAGAUACCAGAGCAGCAGGUCGAUAUGCAUGACAUGCUUUUGGAAGAACUGGCACCAGUGGGAACAACACACAUACCACCAAACAUUCACCUGGAGUCACCCGCACUCCAGGUAAUGGGACCUGCCCAGCAGUCCCCAGUGGCAGAGGCAUGGAUCCCACAGGCAGGGCCACAGGAGCUGAACUACAGUGCUGCUGGGGAAUGUCAGCCCUUUCUGGACUCUGGAUAUCCAUUACCAAAGCUUGAUGUGAACUUUCCAUUGGAGCACAGAGAAGAGCCAUGGGUGAAGGAAUUACAGGAUUCCAAAGAAAUGAAACAAUUACUUGAUUCCAAGAUAGGUUUUGAAAUUGGGAUAGAAAAUGCAGAAGAUACUUCAAAACAGAAAAAAAUGGAGGAUAUGUAUCCAUUUUCUGUAACUUUAGAGGGGAAUGCUCUCCACAGUCCCAUUUUGCAAAAAGACUAUGUACAAUUAGAAAAUCAAUGGGAACCCCCCCCAGCAGAUUUACAGAAAGAUUUAACAAAACUUGUAGAUCAUCAGAACCCCACUGUAGGAGAGGUACCUGAGAGCUCCAACUUGGAAGAACCUCUCAACCCUAGACUUCAUAAGAAAAAGAGUCCAGGAGAGAAACCUCACCGAUGUCCUCAGUGUGGAAAAUGUUUUGCUCGGAAGUCACAACUUACUGGGCACCAGAGAAUUCACUCAGGAGAGGAACCUCACAAAUGCCCUGAGUGUGGGAAAAGAUUCCUUCGUAGUUCAGACCUUUAUAGACACCAGCGACUUCAUACAGGGGAGAGACCCUAUGAAUGCACUGUAUGUAAAAAGCGGUUCACUCGGCGGUCACACCUUAUAGGGCAUCAGAGAACCCAUUCUGAAGAAGAAACGUAUAAAUGCCUUGAGUGUGGAAAAAGUUUUUGUCACGGAUCAAGUCUUAAAAGACAUCUGAAAACUCAUACAGGUGAAAAACCUCAUAGAUGUCAUAAUUGCGGGAAAAGUUUCAGUCGACUGACAGCUCUUACUUUACACCAGAGAACGCAUACUGAGGAGAGACCUUUUAAAUGUAAUUACUGUGGGAAAAGCUUUAGACAGAGACCAAGCCUUGUUAUUCAUUUAAGAAUCCAUACAGGGGAGAAGCCAUACAAGUGUACUCAUUGUUCUAAAAGCUUCAGGCAGAGAGCAGGCCUUAUUAUGCACCAAGUCACUCACUUUAGAGGACUUCUUUAAGAAUUGUUAAGGGAAACAAAUCCUAUAGCAAUUGACACUAACUCAAAAACAAACAAACAAACAAACAAAUAAAACAAACAACCUGCAGCAGCUUGUUUGUCUUGGAAGCUUUUGUUUGAGCUUAUAAGAAUAGCUUAUUUUUUUUGUUGUUGUAUUUUUAAACCCACCUUCCAAGACGUAUGAGUUCUAGAGUAUUCACGUACUCUUGCAACUUUCGUAGAGUUGAUUUAUUCUGUCUCCACAACUCUUAUUUUUUUUUUAUUACAAUGAAAAAUUUUGUGUUCCAAGGCAAUCGUAUCAUAGGUGUAAGCAUAAAGCAUAUAAACAAUGACAAUUCUUUAAGAGUAUGGUCAAUAUAACCAAUAACCAUGUCUAUCUGACAUGUCUAUAGCAGUACCAUAAUUAUGCUACUGUUAUUAUUAGAGGUGAUUAUAUUAGUUCAAAGCUUUAGAUGUGCCCCACGUGGCAAAUAGAGAGAUGAUGAAUUUUGUCAAACAAAAAUGUGUUGGGAACACAAAGGUGAAGAGGGUGUCAUUUGCCUGGUAAAAACUGGGUUAUUUCCUUUGAAAUUUUCUAUGUUUAAGGAAAUUAAAGUUUUAACCUUUAUUUUUGAAUUUUUCAAAGUUUGCUAGUCUGCUUAGUUUGCAGUCUGUGGUGAGGCUGCUUAGCAUAGUAUUAAUUUGGUAAUUUAUUUUGUUCACAGGAUAAGUAAGCUCUAUGUCUGGAAGAAUCCACUUGACAGUUGAAGUUGUACAAGUGGAAUCUAAUUUAAUUUAGAUUGACUGAAGAACCAGUGUCCAUUGCUUUUUAUUCAGUCAUGUGUCUUGGUGCUUUUUAAAUUCUACCCAUUCUUUAAUUCAGUGUCUCUCUAAGUAUGUCAUAGAACACUUAGUUCUGCAAGAUAUUCUAUAAAUAGAUUUGGGAAUUGCUUCCUGCUGUUUCCCCCUCCUAGAUUCAUAGUGCACAUCAGCAUAUGAGAAUCUCUGAGAGGUCUCUAGUAAAGAGGGAAAAAACACCUCUUUUGGUUCAAUGUUUUCCAAACUUACUUGACUCCAGACCCUUUUUCAUGUACACCUAGUAAUAACUGACACAAACUAGUAUUCUGCAAAUACCCCUUGAAACACACUGCCUUAAACAAAUAUUUCUAUAGCUGUCAGUAUAGUCCUGUUGUUCCCAAGCCUAGUUAUCUCCAGUUGUUUCAAAGGUAUUAUGAAAAAAAAAAUUAAACAUAUAUGUCUUUUGUGUAAUACACACAUUCACACAUACAUUUUAAGGAGAUGAGAAUCACUAAUUCAUGUAAUUUAUAAGUUGCCCAGUGAUUCUCAACCUCUUUGAAUUUUACUUAUAAUUUCUCUCUCUCUCUCUCUCUCUCUCUCACACACACACACACACACACACACGUUGCUACUUAUUAUAUAUUUUCAUAUAACCAUGGUAACAACUCAAAUUCCUAUAGCAAGGGAAGGACUCUCAUUGUCAGUUAAAACUGUUAAAACAUGAAAAUAUUCAUUGAGCCUAGUUCCUUGUUAUAAAUACAAGAAAUAGGACAUUCAAGCAUUUUCCCUUAUGAAGAUAUCCAGUCAUCCUUUUCUUAAACUAGAAUUAGAGAAAGUGUAUCUCUUAUUCCAUUGAAGUUCUUGGACAUGAUAUGUAAGUAUUUUGGUGAUAUCUGCUAUGUGCCUAACUAGUCCUGUUCUAGGCUUAAGGGAAGCUAGUAAAGAAAUAGAAUUGAAGGGUCAGACUCAUAAAAGGUUUAUGAUAUCUUUAGUUAAACAAGAGUUGGGAAACAAAUGGAAAACAAUGCAAGAGAGUUUGUAAUGAAGUGCCAAAUCAUAUCAAGUGCUAGAGCCAGGAUGGGUCUUUAAUUCUUGUCAUCCAGGUCCCUGUAUGAUGCUGCUUUAGGUCUGGGGAUAAAAGUGAGAUCCCAGUAGCAAUAAACAUGUAACAUGGGAGGAGUCUGAAUGUAGAGAUGAAAAAUACCGAAUGUAAUGGCUUCUCUUUUCUCUCUUGUGGAAUUGCAUUCAAACCAGAACAGUGCCUUAGAAUGGAUGUGCCCAACUGCUCUGUAUUUAUGCAGUAUUUUA